CUUGAAGGAAGGAAGGAAGGAAGGUGGUAAACGAAACUUAACUUUUCUGACCCGGUGGCAUUUUGCCUUAAAGAUAUCCGCUGCGAUAUCAAACGCGAAACAGUAUUUGCUAGGAGUCCGAGGACUUUACAGCCUGCACCACAAUGGCACAUUACAGAGCUCCAGACACUAAACGGGAGCAGUUCCGGAGAUACCUGGAGAAAGCUGGGGUUGUUGACAGUCUCACCAGUGUGCUGGUGAAUUUGUACGAACAACCCGAGAGGCCCAACAAUGCUCUGGAAUUUGUGAAGCAGCACCUUGAUGCCGCUGACCAGACUUCAGCAGACUCUGAGCCUCUACAGCAGGAGGUGAUCGACCUGAGGCAGAGGUGUGUGCGACUGGAAGAGGAAAACAAAGAGCUCAAAACAAAGCUGCAGCGCUAUGAAGCUUCACCAGAGGCUGGAGCCACAGCUGAGUAAGCCACAGCUGAGCUUUGGUUUGACAAAUGUAUUUUUGUGGUUGAUAUUAUGGUCACUUUAAACUUCAAGACAAAACACUGAAAUUUUUUGUAAAUCUUAGUUUUGAGUUUGUUUCUUAGAAUUUAACUUACUCUGUACAUGUACAGUAUGUAUAUAAGUUCCUACAGUCUUUUGUAAAGCAUCACUGACAGAGUGCCCUCCAUGUGACUGGAGGAGUCACUUCUUUAGACAUGGCAUCAUCAUUUGAGCGGUCUAUUGAAAGGGUUCCUUAACCAGUAUUUGGUUUUACCCUCGAUACUAUCAUUUUCUGGCAUUGUGAUAAACAUGCACUGUGUCGUUAGGACACACUUUGAACUUCAUUUUGAAUGGUCUAAUGUAAGUGUACAGUCCAAAAAAGUCACAAAUAAAGCACAGUAUUGUACUUUGUGGUGUAUAAAUCAGGAAAUUAUGUAUGGAUUAAAAAAAAAAUCUGACAUAUUUAA